AUGGCGGCGGCGGGGGCGCGGGCGCGGGUGCGGGCGGGGGGCGGCGGGGCCGGGGGCGGUGGGGCCGUGGCGCGCGGGCGGGCGGGCGGGCGGGGGCGGCGGCCUCUAGGGGGGACUGGGGCGGGUCGGGGGCGCGCUCAUGGCCGCCGCGGCCGCCAUCGGACCCGCCCGGCGCGGACGCCGCCCAGACCCGCGCAGGCCCGCCGGCAAGCAGGCGGAAGAGGCGGCGCCGGCGGGACGCGGCUCCGGGCUCCCGGAGGCGGUGGCGGCAGAGGCGGAGGUCCGGAGCCGGGCAGGGGCGGGAUCGAGGAGGCGCCUGGGCCGCAGCAGGCCGCGCCUGGAGGCUACAGGCCGCCCGCCCGCCGGCCUCAGGCCAGUCUGCCGCCGCUCCCCUCCCUGCGCUCUGUCGCCGGCAGGGCCAGAGAGGCCGCCGCCCCCGCCCGGUGUUACUCGGGCAAAGGGAAGCCGCGAAGCAGGUCCCAGGGAAGAGCUCGUCUUCUCCUGAGGGAAGCGGCGACAAGAUGGCGCUUUGAGGGGGAGCCGGAGGCCGAGUCACUCUGCUGGUCGGGACGCCGCCUUUCUAACGCCACCUUCGGCUCGCACCACUCCGGGCCUCCUGCCGACAAGGACUGCGGGGUCCGGGGGAGCGGGAUGCUGGACGGCCACGCCUGUCUUCUUGGAAAGAGCAGGAAGGAGCGCGGGAGCGCGAUUCUGCCGCAGAAGCCUCUGUAGAAGAGCAGGAUGCAGCCCACAGGCUGUGGCCCUGAGACCCGCUGCCCAGCACAUGGAUCCUGCACGCACACGAUUUGGCCAAAGAAGCCCCCAUAUUCCCGGUGAAAAAGAUUUCCGGAAGCUGUUCUGUCAAUAACAGAGUUUCAGAGAAAACCACCAACACUAAGAUCAUUCUUGAGUCCAAUUUGAAAAACUAGAGUCAAAUUCUGCAGAGGCAUUCGGGGGAUAAGAUACCACCCUAAUACCCAUUAUAUGAGAGAAAAUGCUCUAUUCACCAUUCCUCAGCUUCUGCUUCUGGCUUCAGAGUUCUCUCUGUAUUGGUGGGAUUUUAAAGCUAGAGUGGCCUUUAUCCACUUUUAUUAACACAUCUGAAUGUGGAGGUCAAGAGGGGAAAGUGACAUAUCCUAAGGUCAGAGUAGAGUCAACAAGAAAAUAAGACAACCAACAACUGACCCCCUGUUGUAUACUGGGCAUUGGUGAGCUACUGGGGAUAUGGAGAUGAAGAAAAGGCAAUCCCUUCUUCAAGGAGCCCAGUCUACCAAGGUAGACAAACAUAUAGACAAAUAGAUUGUAUACUUGCAUAGAAAAAAGAAAGAGGAGAAGGGGAUCAAUGUGACCUGUGUAACUAAGUAGCCUAUCCAACCCUCCUGCCACAGAUCACACUGUCCUCUGCAGUGGGGAUGGUAAUCCCAUCUCGUUGAAUUCCACAUGCACUUUGCAGUCAGACCACACCCAUUUAUAAACAGCAUCACUUUUGACAGUUCUCAGCCCUCUAAGUUAGGGUCAUUGUCCGGGAUACUGUUUCACAAGAGUCAGCAGAUCACCAAAAGAGACCAUAUAGGUGAAAGCAACCAAUACUGCCCUCGUGGUGCAUAGGUUCUUAGAGUUUUCAUUUUUUAUUUUCAGUCUAAUGCAGCACUGCCUGCUUUUUUUGUUGUUGCUUGUUUUGGUUUUUUUUCUUUCUUAACAAAAUUUGUGUCCAAAUGGCUUUGGGCUGAUGCAAAAAUAUAUGGAAGAGAACAGUUGUCAUGGAGGGCUUUCAGAUGAGGGCUAUAGAUUCUCUAGGCAACUCUCCAAGAGGCUUCUCAAGCAGGAUGGGCAACAGGAGCUGCUAUGGAAUCAAUGGACAAACAUUGACGUACUGCUUUGAAAGAUAGUACUCAGUUGAAUAUAUAUUCUCUCUUAAGGGCUAAAACUUCAUAGUCAUCCUUUAAACACUGCCUGAUGGAAUUUUCAGGAUUAUCUUUUGAAGUAAACUAUAUUUAACAAAGUGAUAUAAAUCAAAUGAGUUUUUUAAAUUAUUAGGAAUUCUCGUAAAGAUGUACCUUUACAAACUAGCUGUUAUUAAGUGGUCUGUUGCAUUUGUGUAAACCAUAAAGAUCUUUCCAGAAGCAGCAGGUCUCUCUUACCAGAAUAUGAAAACGCUCUAGUCCCAGGCUUGAGUAGCCUGGAUCACAUGAAGCUGACUUCUGAGGAGUCUAGGACUUCAAAUAUAGGUGGGAGCACACAGUCAUUUUUCUGGAAACAGCUGAGACGUGGCUCAGGCCUGUGACCUUUGUGCCAAAGGAAGAGGUCAGGGUUGACUAGAGCUCCAGGAAGAAGCAAGUGCCUUUGGAAAGCAGGGAGAAAGUUACUGCAAUACUCCGUCCUUAGGGUGGAGCGAUAGUCUAAAUCUGGGAAAACCCUGCCCUAUUCGAGUUUCUUCCUUGCGGAGAUUCCUGAAGCGUUCUAUAUUUUUGCUGGAUUCUCCGGGAAAAAAAGCCUCUUCCUCAUUCUUCCCAGGUCCCAGGUGUGGUAUAAGGAGAGUUGGCCCAAUCUGGGAGCUGAGGGACCUGCAGCAUUCAUCUACUGCAUCAAUUUUGAGCCGGGUGCAGUGGCUCAUACCUGUAAUCUCAUCACUUUGAGAGACUGAGAUGGACAGAUCACCUGAGGCUGGGAGUUCGAGACCAGCCUGACCAACAUGGAGAAACCCCGUCUCUACUAAAAAUGCAAAAUAAAUUAGCUGGGUGCAUACCUGUAAA